GCAGGCGCCGCCGCCGCCGCCGCCGGACCGUGAUGGCCGCCGCCGCUGCCGCCGGGAGGAGCGUGGUGUUCGUCACCGGCAACGCCAAGAAGCUGGAGGAGGUGAUCCAGAUCCUGGGGGACUCCUUCCCGCACAGACUGGUUGCAAAGAAAAUAGACUUGCCGGAGUACCAAGGAGAGCCUGAUGACAUCUCUAUCCAGAAGUGCCAGGAAGCAGCAAAGCAGAUCCAGGGACCGGUUAUAGUAGAAGACACCUGCUUGUGUUUCACAGCUCUUGGAGGACUUCCUGGGCCAUAUAUAAAAUGGUUCCUGGAGAAGCUAAAGCCGGAAGGUCUGUACAAGCUAUUGGCUGGGUUUGAAGACAAGUCUGCAUAUGCUCUCUGCACCUUUGCGUUCAGCACCGGCAACCCAGCGGACCCCGUGCGACUCUUCAAGGGCCAGACUCAUGGUCAUAUAGUUGAUCCACGGGGACCCAGAGACUUCGGGUGGGAUCCAUGCUUCCAGCCGGAGGGUUAUGAUCAAACGUAUGCCGAAUUGCCCAAGUCUGUGAAGAAUUCUAUCUCUCAUCGUUACAGAGCUUUGAAAGAGCUGUCUGCAUAUUUCAGUCAACAGAACAACACAACAGAGACCACACCUGGCCCCAGUUAGCCUGCCUGGUCCUGUGGGAAGUUGUGGAUUUUGUACAGAAAGCUGUAGCUGCAACAGAUCCAUGUUUGUCUGCACAGAUCAUGUCCAGUAAAGAUACUAUCUUUAAAAUCA